AUGGAUCGUUUAAGUGACCCCCAGGGAAAUCCGUUACGAAACCCGCCGCGCGGAAACCCGGAUCGACCGAACGGUAAUCGCCAAGAACGUCGAGCCGCGGCGGCUUGGCGGAGGGUGCAGGCUACUAUAUCAGAAAGUAGCGAAGAAUCCCCAGCGGAACCUAAGUACCGCCGAAGUCAAAUGGAAGGCUUCGAGCGAAGGCUACAAAACUUACAGGAUCAAUUUGAGGGCAAGGUGAGGCCUUCCGCGGAGAAUCUAUUAACCUCCUCGCCCUUCGUGGAUGAAAUUAUGGACUAUCGGGCUCCCGCAGACCUAAAAAUCCCGGAACAUGCCACUUUUGAUGGGACGGGGGAUCCCCGAGAACAUCUGGUCCGCUACCAGGCCAAAAUGCAAGUCUUAGGGGUGGAAGAGCCACUUAUGUGCAAGGCUUUUCUUCCUACUCUCAAGGGGCUCGCCCAACAAUGCCACUUGAGCGGAAUCAGUCAAGAUGAGGGAGAAGCUUUGAAGACGUAUCUGGCUCGAUGGCAAAAAGAGGUACAAACUAUCGAGGGGUUAGACGAGCAAGUGGCUAUCACCAUUUUCAUGGAGUCGCUCCGAGCCGGCAAAUUGUUUAUUGAUCUUCACAAUGAUCGUCCUAAGACGUAUGUGGAGGCUAUCCAGAGAGCCAGUCAUCAGGCAGACACGGAAGAGGCUGUGAGACAAAAACGGCAGCGAGAAGCUGCCAGAUCCAGUGCUAAGCGAUCACGACCUGACUCCAGGAGUCGAGUGGAACCUGAGCGUCCUAGUCGCACUGAGGUUCGACGAGGAGCUGAGAGGGUGGGGGCUCCGCCCCCUCGCCUUACCGUGGCCCAACCCGUGCAUGAGGUAAAAGAUACCUUGCCUCCCCCUCCGCCUCUGAAACUUGGAGAUCAGCCCGAGAUCCUACCACCGAGAGGGGUCCCGGUGAAAUACUGUCGAUAUCACCGAUCGACUACACAUACCACGGAGGAAUGUUUUUACCUGCGCAAAGAAAUAGAGGCCAUGAUACAGAAGGGUGCCCCACCUCCACCUAAUCAAUGGAGGCGACAUCCGCGCUCCGACAAAAUAGAUUCGCGCUCCGAUCGAGGAAAACAACCCGCCUCUAAGGAAGAGAAGACAAAAUGGAAGCACAAACCUGUUAUCAACAUGAUAGUAGGAGGACCGGAAGGAGGGGAUUCAUCCGGUUCUCGGAAAGCUUGGGCUCGGCAACUAUACGUGGGGACCAUCUACGGUCGGGAUGAUAGUCUAAAAAAGGUAUGUUGA